AUGAAGGGAUUAACAUCGAGGGCUAGGAAGAGGUUGUUGGACUUUUUUGAAGAAGGCGUGCCCAUUUCACAAAUUCACGGUUGUUUUUCUGCUGAAGUUGAUGGGUUUGACAACCUUCGCUUCACCGUGAAGGACUUAGCUCAUGAGGUGUACAAGGCUAGGAGACUGAAAAUGCUUGGGGGUGAUUCACGAACAUUGAUGACAUAUAUGAAGAAAAUGCAAGAAGGGAACGACAAUUUCUUUCAUUCCAUCCGACUCGAUCCUGAGGGUAGGUUGAAAGAUGUAAUUUGGGUUGAUGGUCGAAGUCGGGCAGCGUAUGAAGAGUUUGGUGAUGUUGUUUGCUUUGAUGCUACUUAUCUAACAAAUAAGUGGAUUUUUCAGGAGUGGUUAUUAGCUAUGAAUAACAAAGCCCCAGCAGCAAUUCUGACUGAUCAGGCAGCAGCCAUGAGGAAGCCCUUAGAAGAGUUUGAGAAUGAUUGGACAAAGUUUAUAACCGACAACAAUCUAAAUGACAAUGAGUGGUUGUCCACCCUUUAUAGUGAAAGGCAUAUGUGGGUUCCCGCAUACCUGAGAGACUACUUCUGGGCGGGUAUGAAGACAACACAACGGGUGGAAAGUAUCAACAGUUUUUUUGACGGUUAUGUGAAUCUUAAGACCAAACUGUUUGAGUUUCCUAUUAAAUAUGCAAAGGCAAUGCAUAAGCGUGUAUGUGAUGAGACAACUGCAGAUGCGAACUGUGCUAAGUAUGUGAGGAGGCUAGUGACUGGAUUCAAGGUGGAAAAGUUUUUCCAAAGGAUGUAUACGGACACCAAGUUUCAGGAGGUUCAGAACGAAUGUACUAGAAUGAUGUAUUGCUAUUGCAAAGAAAGCAAAAUCAUAGAUGGAAAUAUAAUUGAGUAUGAUGUAGAAGAUCGGGUGUGGAUUGUGCCGGAAGGUAAGAGUGAGGAAGUAAUAACAGAUCGUCGUAGGGUUUUCAAAGCCACAUUCAACAAGGAUAAUUUGGAGGUUGAAUGUCAAUGCCGGAAAUUCGUCACACAUGGUAUAAUGUGCAAACACAUGAUACAAAUACUUGAUAAAAAUCAAGUUGUUGAAGUUCCAGAACAGUAUGUUUUAAGGAGAUGGCGAAAGGAUAUACUAAGGAAACACAAACGUGUUGCGGUCUCUUAUCACAACCCAAACAAAUAUGCCGCUGUCAAAAGGUACAACAAGUUGAUGACCGAGUUUGAAGAGAUAUGCGAUGUUGCCGCUAUGGUGGAUGAAGAAGCGGUUUCGUUGGUUAGAAAUGCAUUACUGAAUAUUAGGAGUCAAGUCCUCCAGUGCAGGCAAAAGAAGGCAGCUGAGAGCAUAACCUUAUCUUUACCCGAUGACGGUACUGAUCAGAAUAUGGAAACAUAA